AGGAGAGGAGAGGGAGCAAGUGUUUACUCGAACUGACCAGGAAUAUAGCACAUAUAUAGAAGAUGAAUCUGAAGGAAGAGGGUUACUGGCGGACAAGCUGCGUUGGCUCCGCAUUAUCAGCCAGUGGCUGCACACUCGGCUGAUCUCUGGACCCUCAGAUUUAGCAACACAACAGGAGACAGGCAGCUUCAAAAUCAGUCUGAAACAAAGACAGGAUAGAGGAAAGACGUGAUUCAAAGAAAGCAAAAAAGAAAGAGACAGGCGGAGGCAACAACAGGCUGAGUUGUGACAGGGUGACGAGGGAAAACAGCAGCUGUAAAUCAGAGUUAAACAUUGAUAGAGGCUCUGUGAGGUAUAAUGGUUGACAGAACUUUUUAUUUAAGGUUUUGAGGAGGAGUAUGAAAGAUUUGAGAGGACGGGGGGGUCAGGGGCAGAGGUCCGGCAGCGAGUAAUUGUGGUGACAGCCAGUGCAAGGGGACAAGGACUCAUGUGAGACACUGAGGAAUUAAAAUAUAGGGACAAAAGAGAAGGAAUAGAGAGGGACUGGCAGACCCAAAGCUGGAGUUCAGUAUGGGUGUUAAGAGCAAGGCUGCUGUCGCUAUCUUAGUCCUGCUGCUGUUCCUCGGCUCCCUGUGGCUCCAGGGAAGUUUGGAUUACCACUGGGAUUCCUGUUUAAAAGGUUAUAAUCAGGGGAAUACGCUCCACCAGCUGUACAACAGCAGUGUGGCCGAUGGGGCUGAGGGCCCACAGGUCAGAGAGGGGUGCCCUGGCCAGACCUUCCAGGUGUCACUGCUGCUCUCCCACCUGCUGGCUGCACCAACCUCUACCUCUGACGUGCUGCUGCAGCCGUAUCUGUCCAGCUGGGAUGAGCUUGUGAGGUUUAUGGAAGCUCUGGGCCCGGUGGUGGGAAUAAUAUCUAAAGAGAUAAAAACCAAGACGUCAAUAAUCCGCCAACUGGCCCUGUUGGCAGACGGGAACCCUGAAGCAGAGCUGGGCCCAGAUAUACACUCAGUGAACAGUGUGAGCACAGAGGCUGGUGCAAAGAACAAUCAGGAGGCCUCACAGCCCACUGGUGCCUACCACUCUGUGCGCUCCAUGAUCUGGAUAGAGCUGAACCGAGGAGUGGUGGACUUCCACCACCAGACGGACUCUGGAUGCCGAACUCUUCUGCGUCUGCAUCGCGCUCUGCUGUGGCUGAAGCUCUUCCUGGAGAAGCUGGCUGAGACACCAGUGGCUGGGCGGCUGAGGAGCCCCUCAGAGCUGUGUCGCGAGGCCUACCAGAGCACCCUUGCGCACCACCACACCUGGUUCGUUCGCACAGCCGCCGAGCUGGCCUUUACGGCCAUGCCAGAGCGGGGUUUCUUCUUCAGGCUGGUGUGCGUGCAGAGCCAGGAGGAGCUGAGCUCUACACUGACCAGAGUCGCUCAGGCCAUUGGAGAGGUUUAUGACAGGACGCAGAAAGCCCUGGAGGAAAAUGGCAUGCUGAACUUGCCAUAGAAAAGGAGACUAUCAGACUUGACUAUAUUUGCACUGUCUCCAUGGUAUCCUGGACAUCACGUGUUUAGCUACAAACAUGGUGUAAAGUUCCUAAGGAAACAUGAAUGGACUUUUUCAGCUAAAAUUCACACGUGCCAUAUUUCCCUCCCAACCAAAGUGCUGCAUCAACAAUCAACUGAUACUGAAAGUUCAGUCUGUAGACAUUCCUUAUCCAAUUUUCUGACAUUAUGACUACUCCUCUCUUUAAAGCAGUGGUGCCCACAAGGGGGGGCAGGGGGGCCUUGACCCCCCGGCUGAUAUUUCUGUCUUUAAGAGGCUGUGGUAUGCUCAGGAUAGUGGUAUCUUGUGAAACUAGACAACCUACGGCAUCCAUUAUACCAACCAGUUUGGCAUAAUGGAAAGAAUGCUAUGUAACACCCAACUUAAGCUAAAUUUUGGCGAAUGAAUUGAAUGAUUGAAUGAAUGAAUUUUGGGAAUGACUGCCAAGGCCAUUUUUCAAAGAGGUCCCUUGAACUCUCACCUCAAAAUAUCUAAAUGAAAAUGCAUUCUAUGGGUGCCCAAGAAUAUUUAUAUAAUUCACCUAUUUACAUUUUAUUAAGACUUAAAGUUAUGCAUAUUUAAGGGCGGGGCUGCUUGACUGAUAGGCUGUCUCCUAGUCGUAGAUACAUUCUAUGAGUCAGAUUUAUUCCUCGCUCCUCCACAGCUCUACCCUAGUCAUUUCUGGUUCUUAAAAACCACGAUGGCAACAGCAGGAGUCAACAAACCGAUGGGUAAUGUCAUGGAAGCUAUGUGCAGUAUUUUAUACAGUCUAUGGUGCCACCCUAAGGUUUUCAGUGGCCCCAUCUGGCCACCCCUUUGAAAGAUUUCUGGGGGCACCACUGUCUUAGAGUGGCAUUUUUAAGGUAGCCUGUAAUGUAUUCAGGCUGGCUGAACACAAACUGUGAAUGAUAUAAAAAGGUGGACGCAAUAACAUGAACAUGCAGCAACCCAAUGCAAUCAAUACAGCAUUUGUUAGGCCUAUUAUGUUUUUGAGACUGCGUCACAGGCGAGGUGAUUUUCUAAUGGAUUGUAUCAGAUUGUAGACUUCAUGUUUUUGUGCCUACCUCUGCACAUAUGUGAUUUGUUUUUUUUUUUUAUGUUCAAAUUCUAUUGAAAAUGAUUGAAUGUUUUGAAUGUAGUUUAUGCUUGGUGAUUCAGUGUGCUACCUCAAACCUGGCUAGGUCUAGAUGCCUCGUAGCCCUAAAAUCUGGGACCAAUCUAUCCUGAUUAAAGAGCUAUUACACGAAACAAAUCAACAUGUGCUGAACAAAAGACAACGUGGUGCUUCACAGCAACUGUGGUGUGCGUGAGGAAAAUUAAUUUCUCAGUUUUCCAUUUUUUUGCAUCAUGUUCAGAAUGAUUAAAUAUCCCUUUAAAAAAGAAGAA